AAGAGAGAGAGGAUGAGAUUAAUGCAGAUAGAGGCAGAGGCAGAGGGAGGAAUGGAGAAAUACGUUGCUAAAGACAAGGAGAAUGCACAGCUUGGGAAUGCGCUGGCUGUCAUCUGGUGCGAGAUCCACUGUCUCCAUGACGACGUGACUCAAAUGAUGGAUAUGAUGGAUAUGAUACGACACCAGAGGAAUCUGGAGGGGUAUGUCGGGUUUGCCAACCUUCCCAACCAGGUGUACAGGAAGUCUGUGAAGAGGGGCUUUGAGUUCACACUAAUGGUUGUUGGUGAAUCUGGAUUGGGGAAAUCCACGCUCAUCAACUCCCUCUUCCUGACUGACCUGUACUCCAAGGAUUACCCUGGCCCGUCCUUACGGAUCAAGAAGACUGUGCAGGUGGAGCAAUCCAAGGUCCUGGUGAAGGAAGGGGGUGUCCAGCUCACACUCACCAUCGUUGACACUCCGGGGUUCGGAGAUGCCGUGGACAAUAGUAACUGCUGGCAGCCUGUCAUUAACUACAUUGACAGUAAAUGCGAGGACUUCCUGAAUGCAGAAUCCAGGGUGAAUCGACGACUGAUGCCAGACAACAGAGUUCACUGCUGCCUGUACUUCAUUGCCCCCUCUGGCCACGGUCUGAAGCCCCUGGACAUAGAGUUUAUGAAGAGACUCCAUGACAAGGUCAAUGUAAUCCCUCUCAUCGCCAAGGCAGACACCCUGACACCUGAGGAAUGCCAGCUGUUCAAGAAACAGAUUAUGAAGGAAAUCCAAGAACACAAGAUCAAGAUCUACGAGUUUCCCGACACAGAGGAUGAUGAGGACAACAAGCUCAUCCGGAAGAUCAAGGAGAGGAUGCCCUUAGCCGUGGUUGGCAGCAAUGUGGUGAUUGAAGUGAACGGCAAGAAGGUCAGAGGUCGUCAGUACCCCUGGGGCGUGGCAGAAGAGGGCAUUUUUGUGGAGAACGGCGAGCACUGUGACUUCACCGUCUUACGGAAUAUGCUGAUCAGGACCCAUAUGCAAGACCUGAAGGAUGUGACCAACAAUGUUCACUAUGAGAACUAUCGCAGCAAGAAGCUUGCUGCCGUCACCUGCAAUGGAGGAGUGGACAUCAGCAAGACCAAGAACCAAAUGACCAGGAGCCCCUUGGCCCAGAUGGAGGAGGAGCGGAGGGAACAUGUCAUGAAGAUGAAGAAGAUGGAGACUGAGAUGGAGCAAGUGUUUGAGAUGAAGGUCAAAGAGAAGAAACAGAAACUGAAGGACUCUGAGGCUGAGCUGGAGCGACGCCACGAACAAAUGAAAAAGAACUUGGAGGCUCAGUAUAAAGAGCUGGAGGAGAAGAGGCGCCACUACGAGGAGGAGAAAUCAAACUGGGAGGCCCAGCAGCGUAUACUGGAGCAGCAGAAACUGGACGCUUCAAAGACGAUGGAGAAGAACAAAAAGAAAGGAAAAAUAUUUUGAGUGUCGAACCAGGCCAAUGAAAUAUUACCACCUUGUUUUUACAUCCUGUUGAUGCUCACCUGAUCUAUGACCCUCAAAGCGAACACGCGCGUAAUUCUCACACACACACACAUAUGUUGUACCAUUCCACAUCUGCACUCCAAAUGUAUGAUCAUCUUACAUGCAACUCCUCAUACAAGGGCCUGGCGGUCACACAGAACAACACUCCAGUGUCAUACUCAUAUACCACUGCACACACCGCAACGUCCCUGCCCUGGGGGACCUCUGCCAAAACCAGAAACGUAUAAGUGGGAAUGCAUGUGUACGGGAACUUCAAUGCCUAUUCUCGACAAGGAGGAAAUUACAUCCCUCUGAUUAUGGAGGUUUUCCACAUUGCAGGCGCCAUGCAUAGCUGUCAUUUACACUAGCAUACACAAGUCUGUUCUCUAGAUGCUGCCACCUAACUUGCUGGUUUCUUCCAGCAUCGGCAGCUCCAGUCUUAGUCCAUUGACAAAAUGAACCCGGUAACAUACAUUCCAACACUUCCUGAAUGCUUGGGACGUGUGUAUAGGACUCCAGGACCGUAGGUGAUUAUGAAGACUUUCAGGUGAGAGUGUACAGGAAACAGGAAAACGGGGUCAAUAAAAAAAAGUAUGAUUCAGGAAAGGGGAAGACCUAUUUCAAGUGUGUGUGUGUGUGCGUGUGUAUGUAUAUUAUAAGCCUAUGUGUUUUAGGUCAUAUAUUUUGCCUGAGAAAGCAAUCUGAACCAUAACUCCAUUUAGUAUUAAUAGGGUUAGAAGACACAUUUAACUGUAACGGUAACAUUGUCAGUGUCAUAGCAACGGUCUCUGGAUACUGAAGCAAAUGUCAUGUCCCUAUUAGAAGAUGUUGCGUAAAUCGCAUGGGUGUCCAAAACAAUGAAGAUGUUUUAUAUUGUGAGGUGAUGGGUUUUGUGGAAGCCCCAAACUAAAGGCCCUUUCCACUGUCCCCCAUUCUCCUCCCUGUUGUAAAGACUGAGCAGAGAGGUUGGCAUGCGUGGGUUUGUCCCAUUGUCAUGGUGAGACUCCGACGCUAAGACACACUGUGGGACCCCUCUAAACCUUUACCCCUCUGAAGACCGUCAACUUUUAUAUAUGUGUACGGUUCAAGAGCUUAGAUCCCUGAAACCCUUUAGGAUUAUUUGAUGGUUCAAAGAAGGAUCCAUUUUUUUUGUACAGCCUUGACUUUACACACCUCUAAAGUCUUGAAAGGUGCACUCAGUGACAUGCGAAAGGGAAACUAAACCUUCACAGACCAAACAAAUAUCUACCAUCUAACUGGCACUAUUUCUCACAUACAUAAUGGAUAUGACUCUAAAUAGUUAUUUACUUCACAGCUGAACACAAAUGCAAUAUUGCUGUGAGAUUACUGAAGGUCAGCUCUUACCCAACCUACGCUGCCUCUCCUGCCAUCACGAGCCACACACACUCACAUAAAUGACUAUGCCAAGUGUAGACUUUCUCAGGAUCAGUCUCUUGUUGCAGGUCUCUGAGUUAUUAUAUUCAGAAACGAGUCCGUGGUUUAAGUAUUAAAGGAUCAGUUAGCUAUGGUCUGAGACAAUCUUUUCCAAAAUUGUUCUUUAACCACUCUCCUACCCCUGUUAAAGGUAGUCAUAAUUUUUGGAUAUAAUUUUUUAUUGUUUUUUUUUUUAUAUGUACACUGUUUUGAGCUUUGUUCUGUUCUUCAUAAUAUUAUCAUUGUUCUCUUUAUCUAACUGUACAUUAUUAAUAUUAAAGAUGAGACAGUUAUGCUCAAGUCAAA